AUGACCUUAAUAGCCGGAGUGUAUAAAUUUCCCUACCCUCUCACGACAACACUAAUCGAGAUGCUUAUGACGCAUUGUUGGAUUAUUCUCUCAGCAUAUAUCACAAGAUGGGUUAGUCCUUGGUUGAUCAGCUCGGGAUGCUCAGGAGGAAUCGCUCCAUCGAGACCGCUCCAAUCUUCCUCGGCACCAGGUUUCAGAGGACAAGGCAAGAAUCAUGGCUUUCUUGGGAAUUUGUCUCGGUGGGCAUCGUACCAUACUGGAGGCAUUGCAGGAGGUGGCUUCUUCGAAUUUGAUUUGCAAGUUGUGAAGACAGUCUUACCUUGCGCCAUCAUCUUUGUCGCCAAAGUCUGCCUCUCGAAUCUCUCCUUCGGUUGGGCGCAAAUCCAGAUAUAUACCCUUGCUCGAAUUGGCAUUGUACCAUUGUCCCUUUUCUUCACAUACUUCCUCGGUCAGACGCCGCAUAGCGUUUCCACUGUAUCCGCUGCUCUGACAGCGACUCUUGCUCUUCUUGUUGCGGUAGCGAGGGCGAACGUACGAGUUACCUGGGAAAGCAUUGUUGCUGGAGUUUUCUCUUCUAUCUUCGUGGCACUGUACCCGGUGCAAUUGCAGAGGACGUACAAAUCCUUGGUCGCGCAGCUUGUUCCUCAAGGAGAUCUUCUAGGCACAUUCCCACCCUCCAAUUCUCCUACGGACUUUUCUGGAUCGAGAGAAGAAGCUCGUGCUUACUGGCGUCUUUUGCAUUAUACCUCGCUGCUCAGCAUCCUCCUUUUCACGCCCAUCGUCUUCCUUUCUGGGGAAGUUACGAACAUCUGGAGAAAUUGCUACUUCCUAGACGUCUUCUUCCAUUGGCUGAUGGUUGUUUGUGGUGGUCUCGGAUCCUGGGCUGUGUUCUGGUCAACAAUGGCUUUGACGAGAGCUACAAGUCCACUGACCACGACAUUCCUGUUCCUCCCUAGAGCGGCUUUCUUAUUGCCAAUCAUGGCUGGCUGGAAGAUGCCUGCUUAUAGCUGGGUUGGGUUUGUUAUGUGUUGGGCGAGUUGUGCAUGGUUCAUGAGGGGGAGACGAAAGGAGGGUAGAAGUCUCGAAAGACUGCGUUAA